AUUUGAUCUAAUAUGGGAUCAUCCCAGAGCCGUUCAGUACUGCCUAAAAUUGGCAAAAAAAGUGAUGUCGUUUUGGACAAAAAAAGUAGCUGUCAUAGUAAGAGGUCUUUAUCCACCCAGGGGCCUCUUCAGCUGACUAAAGAUUUCGAAGAAUUAGCGUUCUAUGAGACAUUAACUGUUCAAACUCAGAGAGCAUUAGAACUGUACACCGAACUUGUAGGUCCUGACUACCCAAUAAGAGUCUCUCAAAUCAACGGAGUGCUUGGAACUAUCAACGAGCACAUGGAACGCUCUAAAUGGAAGUACCAAGGAGCACACCCUGAUGACUACAAGAUAAGAUACAUUGAUAUGGGUGUUACUGUCAGUACUCUUUAUCAAAGAUGCCAUAAAAUUAUGUCGAAGGCCGAAGAAAGUAUGUUGAUGCUAAAAGCAUCUGAUGGAUCAGGUCUUCCUAUUGAGACAACCAAGAAGCUGAGCUUUGAAGAAGAGAUUCAUUCUGAGUCCUUGAAGCUUGACACUGACAUGUGCACAAAGCUUUAUAUCAGGAUAGUUAGCGGAUAUAUGUGCGAAGGCAGAAAUAUCAACUAUCUUUAUUUUACUAAUAAGAAUGAGAAAUAAAUAUUUAGAACAAAGUUCCACCUUAACCCAAGCUGGCUCAUCCAACUUCUUUAUUGACAAUGUGCCAGCUCUUAAUAGAAGGAGUAAGAUGUGGCUAAAGAACUGAUUUCCAGUCAAGGCAAAGAGAUUCAGAUUUAAUGGAAGGAAUGACCGCUUGCUUGAUAUUAGCUUCUACCUUAAAGACGUUACCAGUGUUAGUCAUAGAGUAAUAAAAGAAGUCCACUUAUGAAAUUUCUCCAUCAAUGAAGUACAGUUAAAGAAGCUUCUAUAUGCUUACAGGUUCAUCAAAGGAUUCAUGCUCAAGAAGUGAAAAAUAAUGACACCUACAGUUCCGAACCUGGAUAAAGCCCUGAAGGGAUGUGGUAUAAGGAAUCUCAAUUUCGAGUUUUGUGGGCAUUCAAAAUUUAGUGAUUGGGCUCACAACCUGUACCAAUUUGAAAAUCUUAUACAUGGACUUUCGCAAACCGACAUACUUCUUAGCUUGCGUCAGAUUAAUUUAGAAUCAUGUGAGAUUGACGAAAUGGAUGUGAAGAGGCAACUGAAAAAGUACGGCUUUAAAAAAGUUAAAAUCCAAGGUUUUACUAACUAG